AUGCGCUUCUCUCUUAUCGCUCUCGCAGUGUUCGCUGCUGCCUCCGCCGCCAUGAAGCUGAGCGACGUGCCCGGCACCGAGGCCAAUCCCCUAGAUCUAGACAGCAACUACGUAGUCCAAUGGACUUAUAACGAAAAUGAGAGAGACAAGCCCGUCUGGGUGGCUCUCUCCCACUACGAUCAAGGCGGGUACUCGGAAUGCUACCUGCUCUCCGGCCAGCUCCGCGCCGGGGAUGGAAGCUUUCGCAUCCCAACGCACCCUGUCUCCCAGCCGGUUACUCAAGUCUACAUGACGCAAGCUCUGAUUUUUCGCCCUUCCCUGGCAUAUAGCACUGGGUAUCGGUUCCGCCUGCACCAGACCAACCAAUGCGUCGCCAACCCCGGCAUUGAGGACCAGACGAACCAGUUUCGCCUGAAGCCUUACUACCCACCUACGAACUAG